AUGUGCGGUGCCUCCAUCAUCAGCGUCAACUGGGCCCUCUCUGCAGCUCGCUGUGUCGAUGGCGUCUCCACCAGCCAAAUGCUGUUGCGUGCUGGCACCUCCACCAGGGGUAGUGGUGGUUCCACGCACAGAGUGGCCGCUGCCUACAUUCACGAAGGCUACUUUGGCAACGACUACGACAUCUGCGUCCUCCAAGUUUCUAACUCCUUCAGAUUCGGCACCAACGUGCAGCCCGUGGAUCUCGCCUCGGCGGACGCCACUGUUGGAAGCUUAGCAACAGUCACCGGCUGGGGUGCGACCUGGUACAACGGCAGCCCCUCCGACACGCUGCUGGCGGCCACCGUCAAGAUCAUAGACCGCGACACGUGCAACCGCUCGUACGGCGGCAUCACUGACCGCAUGAUCUGUGCAGGAGUGACCGGAGGUGGCUACGGCGCCUGCCAGGGAGACACCGGUGGUCCUCUGGUGUCCGGCUCCACCUAUCAGGUGGGCAUCGUCUCCUGGGGCAACGGAUGCGGCUUGGCCGACUAUCCGGGAGUAUACACCAACGUCGGCAACCUUUGGCCCUGGAUCCAGCAAGCUACUGGCAUAUAA